CGUGACCGGAAUCAACCGCCAAAACGUAUGUCACUGUCAUCUUGUCCGCGAAUCGGCAUUUUUCUGAAAUUCUGUUUUAUAACGUUUGCUUUUAUUUUCAAACAUCGAAACGUGGCCAAGUCUUACCAUAAUUAGAAACGCAUUCGAAGUUGAUCAAACCAAAGCAAUACUUUGUAAACUAGAUUUAUAAUGGCAAAGGUUCAUAUAACCAACGUAGUCGUACUCGACAAUCCCAGUCCAUUUUUGAAUCCUUUUCAAUUCGAGCUGACCUUCGAAUGUAUAGAGGAACUGAAAGAGGAUCUCGAAUGGAGGAUGAUAUAUGUUGGAUCGGCAGAAACAGAGGAACACGAUCAAGUAUUAGACACUAUAUACGUAGGUCCCAUACCAGAGGGCCGUCACAUGUUUGUGUUCCAAGCACCUCCGCCUGACGUGACACGGAUACCCGAGAACGAUGCUCUAGGCGUAACUGUAGUGCUAUUAACGUGUUCAUACAGAGGGCAAGAGUUUGUCCGCGUCGGUUAUUUCAUAAACAAUGAAUACAGUGAGAGUGAGCCGGAGUUGAGGGAGAAUCCGCCGGCGAAGCCACAAUUCGACAAGGUGGUGAGGAACAUUCUAGCAUCUGAACCGAGAGUGACGAGGUUUAAGAUCAAUUGGGCGGAACCGGACACUGCGCCGGCGGACUCUGGUGAUGCGAAUAUAGAAACGCACGCGCCUAGUAACGAUUCGUAUGGGGCGUCGUUCAAUGCGGAUAGUCAAUUAAGUGGGAUUGAGUUCCAGGGUAGCCUUAGUGGGUAUGGGGACAACUCGAAUUCAAUCGCUCCUAUGGAGUGCUGAGAUUGUAUAUAAAAAAAUUGAUGAACGGAGUUUCUCAAGGCAAAACAGCAGGUGGCGGUCUGAGAUUUAUGGACUGAUGUGAUAAAACCAUGAGCUGCAUAUUGCAUAUGGGAAGCAAGUAAUUAUAAGGGUAGUCGUUAUGCUAUACCUAAUAAUGCAUAAGCAAACCUUACUUGUGUUAUAAAUGUGAAAGUGUGUUUGUUGAAGAGUAGCAAUAUUAUCAGAUUUUGUAGCUGGAGAUUAGCAGACUAGUGAGUGAUAUAGGCUACUUUUUAUCAGAGAAAUAGUUCAUUGUAAUGGGAAGAUAAGUUAAAUAAUUAAAUCGCAUUUAACAUCCAUUAAAAAGCAUUAAUUACACUCUGAAAUGUAUAAAUUCCAAUAGAGGGUGCUAUAUUAAAUCUGUAUCAUGUAUGUCAACUAGUUGUGGAAAGUUUGUAUUAUUAUAUAACGUACCCCAUUAGUUUAUGUUAUCUCUAAAUUUAUUAUUUCCAACAAAAUAAAAACUAUGAAUAUUUAUCAAGCGUCCAAAAAUAUAGUAGAUUUUCGUUUUUAUGUUAUACUUUGUACAUUAUUACUGUUUGUCCUUUAUAACAAAUUUUAGGUAUUGGUAAUUUCUAUAUAUUGUGUGUUUCAUUUUUGUGUUGUAAAUAUCUGCGCUUGACGGAUACUUUUGAGCCUCUUAUAAAUCUCUGAGAUGUAAAACUAUCCACAAUGUGACAUUGGCAAAAUUGUGGCAACACAGCACUGCCAUUCAUAAAAUAAAAUUGAAUUGAAUUGAAUUAUUAUAUAACUUUAAGUGUAGGUAACAAAUUGAAGAAAUAUGUCUUUUACGGAUUUAGAAGUUUUAUGGUAUAUAUUCAUCUUGAAAAAUCUUAGGAUAAUAAUAUGGUUAUAUUCAUAAGAAAGAAUUAUGUUAAACUAGCUAAUCGGCUGUGGCUUUGUCCCCAUAAUUAAAGGAAAUUGGAUGUUUCACUGCGGUAAAACCAAGCCUAUGUCACUCUCUAGCCUACAAACUAUCACUAGAUACAAAAUUCAUGCCAUAAAAUUGGUCCUUUACUAUGAGAAAGAUAGACAAACAAACAGACACAUCAGCAUUCGUAAUAUUAUAUUUCGACAGAAUGCUUAUGUGAUUUAUGCCUAAUUUAGCCUGUCACAAGCAAGAAUUGUCUCUUAUGCAAUAUAUAGUCUAUGGCCACUAUUAUCAAGGAUUUCUGAUUGAAGGGAGUCGUGGCUUGUAUUGUUAUGAUAAAAAUUAGUUUUUCUUUGUACAAAGUGGACUGUGGAAUUAGAUAAAACUAAGCAAAAUAGAUUUUAAGUUAGAUGUUUUGUGUAUGUAAUCUUUUUUUUGUUGAAUAAAUUGAGAUAAUAGUACUAACAGGUGUUUCCAAAGACAUUGUUGAUGAUUUUUUUUUUUACAAUUCUAGAGGAAAAAUAACAGUGUAACUAUCUGUAUCCACCGGCUUUGUCUGUGGUACAUAUUCGUCUCUAUGCUACUCAGUGGAGCGUUCCAAUGUAGAAAGAAUUUAUUAAAAUUGAUUCAGUAGUUAUGUGAAUACAUGACUACAACCAAAACAAAUGUUUCCCACUUGUGUUUUUGUAUGUACGUACGAUUAUAAUAUUAGUUUAAAUUAAACAAAGUAAUGUAGCUUAUGUUUCCAUUAUUUUUUUAAUUAUUCAGCUGUUAAAUGUAUCAUUAUUUAUUUUACAAUAAUUUCUUUAAAGCAUUUUUGAAUAGGUGCUACUGCUAUAAGUUUAGUUUUUAUUCAUUAAGCAAAUUAAACAUAAGAUCAGUUUUAUAAUCUGUGCUCAUGUGGAAUUCUUCAUUUAAAAAGUAUAUAGGGGUUGUCAACUAAUGUAUAUAGUAAGUAUGUUUUUUAUUCAUACUGUGACUGUUAAAAAUUAUGUAGAACUUCUUUAUUUUUAGUGCAUACACAAAGAAAUGUAAUCAUUUGAAUCGGUAUAUAUUGAUAAAAAUUAAUGCAGGAAAAA